AUGUCGGAAUAUACUUUCUGGAGGCGCUGGCCUUUCAUAACCAGAACCAAGAAGAGGCAAGAUCUCGAACGAUGGAUGAAGAACUGUGAUCAUGGUGAAAUGUUUGAAGACCCGUUCCUGCGAACCGCCCCGCGCGCGCAACCGAAGAGGAGCGUAGGAGCUGCAGCUCCGGCAUACGCUCGUUCCACGCUGAAGUCGAAGAUAGCAUUCUUCAGCGCGUUGGACACUGACCAACAGGAUCAGAUGAGAGCGAGGUUCAUCAGCUCGCGCCACCGCGCGGCCGACGAGAUCGGUUGUGUCGCGGACAGACACGCGCACCAAGCUGUGUCAUAUGUAAUCAUGGAUGAGAUUAUUUUUUGA